GGAAGCCGGUGUUAGAACGGUGCUGCUAUCUGCAGGCCAGGGUUUAGAAGAGGAUGGCGCAUACUGUUCAGAACGUGACCCUGUCUCUGACUCUCCCCAUAACGUGUCACAUCUGUCUGGGCAAGGUGCGGCAGCCUGUCAUCUGUGUCAACCACCACGUCUUUUGUACAGUGUGUAUUGAAUUAUGGCUGAAGAACAAUAACCAGUGCCCUGUCUGUAGGGUGCCCAUUACCGCUGAAAAUCCCUGUAAAGACAUAAUAGGUGGAACAGGCGAAAAUGAAUGUGCUCUCGAUCAUUCGGUUCGAAAACACUUGCGUAAAACCAGACUAGAACUUCUUCACAAUGAAUAUGAGGAAGAAAUCGAAUCACUGUUAAAAGAGAGAGAGGAACUGAAACAAAAAAAUGUAACCUUGGAAAAAGAGAGGAGUCCCACCACAACUGUCUCUUUGGGCCAUGACUGUAACUGUGGAACAAAGCAGGGGACCGAGAACACUAGUUCCGAACAGAGCACAUCCGAGAAGUGGAAGAAGAAACUUGAAGAAACAAAUGCUGCGUCCAGGAAACUUGUAGCUGAUGUGGAAAAGCUCAAGGAGGAAAAUACAAAGCUAAUAAAUGAGAACAUUGAUUAUGUAAGAGAAAAUUUUCGACUCAAAACUGAAGUAGACAGCAGAUCACCACAAAAGUUUGGAAGAUUUACAGUGGCUGCACUCCAUGCCAAGAUUGACCAAUAUGAAAAGGAGAUGAACAGAUUAAAAAAAGCUCUUGAGAGAAGUGAUAAGUACAUUGAAGAACUGGAAGUGCAGGUUGACCAGUUGAAAAGGCCUGCAGAUUGGAAACCGAAUGAGCGCUCACACAAUGAAAAUCCAGUCCGGGAUAAAGAGACUGUAAAUUCGGAAAUAGGCGAUUCAUCACUUAAUUAUGAAGGAGUGAAACUAGAACAGAUGGAUAAGAUACCUGAAAAGGCUGAGAAAAACCAAGAGGAUUCCAACAGUACGUGCCCAACUGCAAAUAACCACAAAUUCAUUGUGAACAAAUCAGAAUAUCUUUCACGGACAGGGUGCUCCAUGGAUUUUCAAAAGGACAGAAAAUCGUUUCCAAGUAGCAGUUCUGCCACAUGGAAGGAGAGCUUGAAGAGUCCACAUGGUAAAAACUCCUCACGAAAUAAGCCAAGGGAGAGCAACACACCAUGUAAAGAAAAAGAAAUCCAUGAGUUUAGUAGUCCAGGCACAUCACUGUCUUUUAGCUCUCUUCAGCUAAACAGUCCCGACUGUAAAUUUACUCUUCCAUCAAAUCAAGUGAAUGCCAAAAAACCCUUAACUCAUCUUAGAAAAUUAGUUUUUGAUGACUCGCCUAAAAAGAGAAAACCAAAUGGCUUUUCCAAUGCAAAUAAUAAUGGAGGAUUGUCAAAACCUUUUAAUGAACCAAAAUCAGAAUAUUGGGCUUGUGAAGUCAAACAUAAACAUUCAAGAGACAAGCUAAAAGAAAGUUACGUGCAAUUAGAAAGCCUGAAAAAUAAAGAGGGACAGAUACUGCAAGCAUUACCUUCCCUGAGCAGUGAAGAAGGCAAUCGCACCACAACCACUAGUGAAAGUUCCAUGGAUAUUACUUUCUUAGAUGUUAAUAAGCUGGAUUCCAUGAUGUCAACGUUGGAAGGCAAUGAAAACCCUCAUUACCACAGUGUUAAAUCUGAUGCUGUCAUGCAUUCAAAUUCACAGCCAAGAAAUGGACUUCAAGCCCUCUAUUCAAAUCCACAUAGCCAGUGUGCUGGUGGACUUUUAUCUCAUGAAAGUCGGUCUUCUGAUAAGUCUCACAACAAUGAUUUUCAUACAAGUAGGAGUACUUCAAGUUUGUUGACACCUUUUUAUGCUACAGCACAGUCCUACUCUUCUAAAAAUCUCAUGGACUUAAUGGCUCCAGAGAUGACCAGUAAUUCCGGCUCUACAUCAUACACUGAUAAUAAAAAUGGCCUUACAUCAAAACGAAAGCUUUUUAACCCUAUUUGUGACAGUCCUCCAAAGUCCUUUAAGCCAUAAAUCUUUUUUUUUUUUUUUUUUUUUUAACAUUUGUGGAAAGUCAUGUGAUGUCACUGGUUCAUCAUACCAAUAAUAUUUUAUUUUUAUACCUUGAAGGAAAAUUUAAAAACUUAAAGCAUGUUAGUACCACAGUCUGGUGUGAAGUGAAUCAAUGUUUUAUGCAGGUAACAUUAGGCUAAAGUGAAUUUUAUGAAAAAUGGAUUUAUAACAAGUACAUAUAGUCUGACGGUUGUCUUUGGUGCUUUAAUCAUGGCAAAAAUAAAACAUCUGAAACAAAA